UCCCGAACAUCAUGUUAAUACAUUCAGGUUCCGUGUCAGUCAUUUGACUUUCCCAGUCGGCAAAUAAGAGAUGAAAGGAAGAGACUGAGGUUGUUUUUUUUACUGAGGAGAGAGAGAGAGAGAGAGAGAGAAGACAGCACUGAUAUGGGUGAGUCUCAGUCGAGGUCAGUGAUGCUCCAUCAGGACCAACCUCUGAACUCGGCCUACGGAGGGAAGGGAGGCUCUGAAGAUGUCUCCUCGUCGUCCCUGCGGAACAGGAAAGGCGACAAAGACGGCAACUUCAACUUCCUGCCGGGCAAGGACGACGACGAGGUCCUCACGGGCAACAGAGGCGGAGACGAGAACCGCAACCAGGUGCGUCCCCGCAACCUAGGCCCGCUCGGCCGCGACCCUCCGAGCUCCUCGCCGUCCUAUCACCACAAUUCCGGCGUUCUGUCGCCGCGCUCCCGCCUGCCCUGCUGGAGCCCGCUGGAGCCCCUGCCCGAAAUCGAGACGGGCGAUGACGGGUACGGCAGGGUUCCUCCCGACGGGGCGGAGGAAGGCAGGAUGGAAGAGGAAGUGAAGAGGAUGAUGAUGAGUCAGAACGAGGAGAAGCAGAGGGAGAAGAGGGAGCAGCAGAGGAGGAUGUGCAAGGAGCAAGAAGAGGACGGCGACGAAUGGGGCGACAGCGACUCCGAGUCCGAGUUCAGCUUCCGGUCUGGCGGCAGCAUGUCCCCGCUCAACAUGGACACAGGCGCAGGCGAGGGGAUGCUGAUGGGAGGCUGGGACCGCAUCGGAGUCGGGGAGCCGAAAUCGACCCAGCAGGAAAUCAACCAAACCAGAAACAGCAACAGAGAGCCGCCCGGAAGACGCAGAAGUGUCCCGCGCAAGUCUCUGACGGGGAGGAACCUGGGGAAUCUCAUCGAGGAGGGCGCGGAGGAAGACGGAGAGAACAACCGCUCCUCGGACUCCGACAGCGAGAUGCCGGAGCUGAUGGACGCCGUGUGGACGCUGCGGGACCGCGAGCACUUCAAGGCCCAGGAGAUGGAGAAGCACCAGGUGCAGCUGACCAUGUACCGCCGCCUCGCCCUGAUCCGCUGGGUCCGCACCCUGCAGAGCCGCAUCCAGGAGCAGCAGAACCGCCUGCAGUCCAGCUUCGACGUCAUCCUCACGCAGAGGAAGGAACUGCUGCGUAUGGGCGCCGCUUCCGCUGUGGCUAACGCCGCACCCGCUGCUGCCGUCAGCCAAUCAUGAAGAGAGGAGAGGAAAAGGAGGGACUGAAACACAAAGAGAAGGAAAACUGUAUUUUUGUUUUUUUUAAUUCCUAAAGGCUUUCUAUGUGAUGUUUCACUCUUAAAUAUAAAUCAAGUAUCUCCUCUGAAAAUAACUCUGUGAGUCAUGACUGUCUACAAUGGGUGUAACACCCGAGUCCCACUGUCUGUGAUGUUUUCAGAGUUUUCAGAGUCCUAUCUUCACUUUGUUUACAUCGCCCGAACGGCCGGCUGACUCCUCCCCUCGUGUAUAAAAGUUGUUUAAUUGAGGGACUAGAGAAAAGAAGAAUAACAUACUGUACUCACUGCUUAACUGUGUUUCUAGAUCACGCUCAUUUCAGGUAAAUUUACAUGCAGUGUGACGAUACGAGCAUAAUAAAGAUCGCUAGCAUUAGCAUGCUAACACAACAAUGCACUGCAAGUUGUUUUGGUUCCAUGCUGGUGCUCAAGGGCGACAUCUGCUGGAUCAAAAAAAAAAUCACAUAUAAAGCCUUUAAGAAUCUCCCCAGAAAAAAAACAAAACCAGACGACUUCCCCUUUAUUUUGUCUGACAGGUUUGAGCUUCAAACUCAUGUUUCUGAUUGUAAUGUUCCCAAAACUUCAAUUUCUUCACCCGUUUCCCACCCAGAGCAUCGAUAAAUGUAAUCCGACUCAUCAACACAAAACUGGAAAUAAACUCAAAGUGUCCAAUGUACUUUGGAGAUGAUGAAUAAUGUUGUGUGAGAAAUAUGAUAUUUAAGUCAAAAAUAUUAAGUGUUUAUGAUGUCUGUCUUUGAAUUGAUGUUUGUGUAGAACCCACUGCUGUACCAAAAAAGUAUCGCAAAUAUCAGAGAUUAUACAUCAGAGAUGAUUUAUAUACUGAGAUAACGCUGUAUAUAUAGAGAGAGAGAGAUGAUAAGAGAAUUACAAAGCGUAAAUAAAAUGAUCUUAUAUCCAAA